AUGAGGGAUCUCGAUCGUUUCCAAAGAUGCCUCUUCCCAUAUUGGACGGAGGCUGACCAGUCAGUGCUUCAUGUGGCCAACGAAACUCAGCAGAUGGUAGACGACGACAAGAGAUUUGCCGUUUCGUUGGAUGUGUCCCAGUUUCGCCCAGAGGAGCUGAACGUGAAUGUGGAAGGACGCGAGUUGACUAUCGAAGGCAAGCAGGAGCACAAAUCGGAUAACAGUGCGAUUUAUAGAUCGUUCACUCGCAAAUGGCUGCUUCCCGAAAAUGUCGAUCUGGAAGCUAUUCGUACCCAGCUCGAUGACAAGGGGCAUUUAUCAGUGGAGGCUCCAAAGAAUACCGAGGGCCACGAGAGAAAGAGAACGAUUCCUAUCAUGGCCGCUCCUAAAAAGAAUGAAUCUUGA